UCUUUAACUGGGGAUAAACUCUGAACUGAAAUCUGCAAGAUGUUGUCCACAGCUGAGAGAUGGGAGGGGGGAAAGAACAGGAUAUUGAUCAUAGGAGGCACAGGAUAACUUGGUAAAUACAUGGCAAAAGCCAGUAUUUCACUUAAUUACCCUACCUAUGUUCUUGUAAGGCCCGAAUCUCUAGCUCCCAAUUCAUCCAGACCCGGCAAACUUCAAGAGUUGACAGAUAUGGGUAUUCGUAUUCUUCAAGGAUCUCUGGAUGAUCACAAAAGCCUGAUUAAUGCAUUUAAACAAGUAGAUAUAAUCAUAUAGCUUGCAAUUCCUCAACAUAUGGAUCAGCUAAAGAUCAUAAGAGCCAUCCAAGAAGUUGGGAAUAUCAAGAGGUUUCUCCCAUCAGAGUUUGGCAACGAUGUAGACAGGGUGGAAGCUUUGCCUCCCUUUCAGAAGGUAUGUGAUGAUAAAAAGGUAAUCCGCAGGGCUAUUGAACAAGCAGGGAUUCCUUAUUCUUUCAUUUCUGCCAACUCUUUUGCGGCAUAUUUUGUCGAUUAUUUUAUUCAUCCUCGGCGUAAUCCACAACCGGAGGAAGUUGUCAUUUAUGGCGAUGGACUCACAAAAGCGGUUUUGAAUUUAGAGGACGACGUUGCAGCUUUUACUAUAAUGGUAGCAAACGACCCAAGAACAUUAAACAAGCUUGUGAUUUACAGGCCACCAGGGAACAUAAUUAGCCAGAGUGAGCUUAUAUCCCUGUGGGAGAAGAAAACAGGGACCACUUUUAAGAGAGUUUUCUUGUCAGAAUCUGACAUGAUCAAUCUCUCAGAGACUCUGCCUCAUCCGGAUAACAUUCCGGUUUGUGUUUUGCACAAUAUAUUUGUGAAAGGCGACCAGACGAACUUCGAAUUAGGAGAAGAAGAGCUGGAGGUCGAACUCUACCCAGACUAUAAAUACAGUCCCAUAGAAGCAUUCCUUGACGCAUCAAUCAGUGCUCCCCGCCACACAAAACUUACUUCCUUUGCCUGAAUGUAUAAUUACUUGAGAGUUGUGUAACUGUUUUCACAUAAUUUUGUACCUGUUAUGUGGAGCCAAGAGAUCUUACAAGAAGCCAUAGGCCCACUAUUGUUUUGGCGACCUUAGAGGAAAAGUACUAUUUAUAUUGUCUAGACCAAUCUUCAUGGUCAAGUGUCUUUUAUUUGGUGAAUAGUAUAAUCUUUACUCGACUUUCGAGAUAAUGUUCUUAAGGAAAAGGUUUCUUUAGCAAGAAUGAUAUGGUGAGCAAACUAUUAAUGUUAGACCGAUGCAUACAUUUUUUACACAUCGCAAAUUCACUUUCAAUUCUUGUAUAAUUUUUUAUUUAUCUAGUAAUCUUCAUUUUUUU